AUGCCUCCCUGGCCUAGCGGUCGCGGCGGUGGCGAGCUGCGUGCCUCCAAAGUGGACGACAUCCUGGAUGAACUCAAGACCCUCACCCUGCUCGAGACAUCGGAGCUGGUGAAGAAGAUCGAGGAGGCAUUCGGCGUAUCGGCGAGCAUGGCUGUCAGUGCGGCUCCUGCUGUGGCAGGAGGACCUGCGAUGGCCACAGCGCCCGAGGAUGAGGAGGACGACGAAGACAAGCCGAAGAAGACGUCAUUCGAGGUCGUGUUGCUGGAACGCCCCGAGGAGCAGAGCGUGCGCAUGGCACUGUUCAGGAUACUGCGAAAGGUGCUGCCUGACCAACCGCUGACGGAGGUGAAGGCCGUCAUCGACAAUGCGCCGACCACCCUGAAGGUGGUGAACAAGGAGGAAGAUGCCAAGGAGGCCGUGAAGCUCAUAGAGGGCGCUGGAGGCAAGGCCGAAAUUCGGUGA